AUGUUCGGUCAAAGAUAUAGCCACCCUUCAGAAAGUGGACUGGACCCUGGUCCCGAAGAAGCACUCCGCGGACGGCUAUCAAGACCAGUGUCCGCAGAGGCUUUCCCACAUUUCAUCUCGCGAGAGAGGCGAGGGUCGACCGAACUUGACCAGGGGCAUGAAACACCAGUGUCUCAUGAGAGCCCCGGUGGUGCUAUGCGCCCAGCAAUGGCUAGAAGAGAACAUUUCCAGCCCAAAUGUUCUCUUACCGAAAUAGAGGGAAACCCCUUCGUUACAGGCCUCCCAGACGACCAGACUUCCAAGGUGAGGUCAAAAUCUGGCACGCCUGCUGUGAACAUCUCGAUCAACAGAAAGCCAGUCUCGACAUCAACGUUUUCCCUAGAUAGUGAGGGCUAUCAACGUCUAGUACGAGAUAAUUCGAGUUACGAAAAAGCCAGCAAAACAGAAUGUGAACCUUCCACAGUGAAGCCGCUAUGGCGAAUUUGGGCCUGGGAGGUGUUUUGCAUCUUUCUCAGCGUAUCCUCCUUCUUCCUGAUCGUUGCGGUCCUCUGCAGCUAUGACCAGCAACCUUUACCGGACUGGCCGCUGAAUAUCACGCUCAAUACUUUCCUCGCCUUCUUUACAACACUAGCAAAAGCGGCCUUUAUGCUUCCUGUCUCAGUUGCAAUAAGUCAGUCGCAAUGGUCGUGGUUCCUCAAAGAUCGACCUCUCCACGACUUGCAUCUGUUCGACCAAGCGAGUAGAGGGCCAUGGGGCUCUGUAAUGCUGUUGAAGCGUAUUAGAUACACACACUUUGUUUCUCUCGGGGCCGUUCUGAUGGUUGUAAGCGCUCUGACUUCGCCAAUAACGCAACUUGCCAUCAACUAUCCUGUCAGAGAUUCUGUGGCCCUGCGGGAGGAAGCCAAGGCGCCAGCCGUGCGCAACAUGACAUCGGACGACGAUCGAAUGAAUGCAGGAUCACGUCGGGCCUUGGUACUGGCCACUUUGUCUGACAGCACCGGGUUUCUGGAGCCAAUUGCACCUACAGGAGCGUUCUGCUCCACGGGCAACUGCACCUUCGAACGGUAUCAGUCUCUAGGCAUUUGCGUGAAGACGGCAAAUAUCACUUCGCACUUGCGAGUCGAGGAGUUUGAUUCUCCAGACAUGAUCGACACCCUUGUCCUAGGAUUUCCAAAACCCGAUGCAAAGGUGUGGCGGGCGUCUCUCCCUAGCGGCUUGGAAAUGGCUCAUCAGACACCCUUGGCGGCCAUGGUCGAUAUGCUGAACGGAAGCGAGACCUUUGCGUUUCAAGACGACGAGGAUCUCAAGCAAACUAGGAUCUCAUCCUUCACCGUUGUCUACACCAAUCCUACUUCGCUAAACGAGACGUGGUGGAACGGGCUCUCCGACGCCGCAGCAGCGCCGUUCGCGUCCGAGGUAAUUGGCGCAAUCUACGAUUUCCGUCACGAAGCAAUGGAAUUCCUGUACCAUCUAUGCGUUCAGACGUAUGAGACGAAAAUCUUCAUGGGUGUCGAAACAACCACUCUCGUCGAGACAUCUGCUGUCCCCGUCGAACAAGAAAAGCCCUUCUUUCUAGACAUGCAAUGCAGGCCGCUCCUCGGACAAGCUUCGCGUACGUGUAAUCAGAGCAUAGACCGUUGGCAAGAAACACUACAUCUCAAGGAUCCAAGGUUUUUGACAGACCUAAACGUCAACUCCACAGUUGAGGAGGAACAAUUCAGCGCAAGCUACUUUUCACUAGAGAGGAUAUCCACCAUCAUGAAGACCGAUCUCAUGGGCUAUGCGAGUGCUAGCUAUGUUACCGAGGAGUAUCAGGACACGGCCGUCUUCUUCCGCGGACAGGACUUUAUCAAGACUCUUUUCGAAAGCGUUAUAUUCGAGCUUAACAAUAUAGCCAACUCUACUCUCCGUCAAACUUGCUUGAAAAACAUUCACACAAACAUUGCAAUCAGUUUGUCAACUAUCAUGCGCGUCAACCAGCCCCGCAGUUACGCUGUUAAUUCCUUCAACAUCACUGGCGAAGCACUGACGCAGGUUUCUUACGUAUACAUCACCUGGGGUUGGAUAUCCAUGCUUGCUGUUGAGAUUGGAAUUGCUUUGCUGUUUCUGGCCCUCACGGUUUUCAGUCAAAGCAACUUGAACAGGAGUCAUGCAUCUAGCAGGGAGGAGCAUUAUGCGUUCCGGGAAGCCAAGAACUCGUCUCUGGCAACACUUGUCGCCCUUGACGAGGCUUCUCGUAACAGGGCAGGUGGUGGGCUUCGAUCUUUGGAUGAACUCGAGAAUGCUGCCAAAGUUUUGAGGGUUAGAUUUGAAGGCCGUCAGAUGGUCACAUCUGACGAUAGCGUCGUUAAAGCUUCCCAAGUCGGCGACAGUGGCACUGGGUACAACUGA